GGCAGCCGAUUGUGACUCGCUUGUGGGCGUGCACAUGGCAGCAAGUUCGAGGGUGCGUCAAGAAAUCAGCAUAGCAAGUUCUUAAGAAGGUCUGGUUAUUAAAUGUGUAAAUAGUCCAAUAGUAAUAAGCUCUGGUGACAAACUUUGCUGCCCUGUUUCCAAUUGUUUACAUGGCUGGGAGAACCUAUUCAAGUAGCUAGCUAAAGCCAUGGAGGAGGGUGAAAGGAUAGCAGCCCCAACUGUCAAAUUACUGUGUAGGGCACUGCAAGGUUGAGUGACCAGGGCCAUCUGGGACUGCCUCCUGGAGGAAUUCAGGUGUGUGAAGGCUACCUGUGUCCUGCAUAACUUCAUGAGGAUGGACACGAGGACCAGGAGGGGAUCUGCAGCUCGCUGCCGCAUGCAAGAGGAGAAGUCUGGUGCUCUGCAGGAUGUUUCAAGGAUAGACUACACUAUGCACAACCAAAUGCUCUUUUAAGAGCCAUCCACAUUGCAAUAGGAGUAUUCUUCAAUUUACUUAGCUAUGUCAACUGCUGUUAUUCAAUUCCUAGUUUCUCUCCCUUUGAUUUCUACUUCUCAGCUGAGGGUACUGUUUAGGUAAGGGUGUGACGUCGGUACAAAAACAAAACGGGCUAUUAUAAGUCACCCACAAUGAACAAAUUUAGAACAAUUAGACACCAAAACCCACACCUACACUCAUGUAUCAAUCUAAAUGAUGUGUUGUGCAGUAUGCAGGCUCUGGUGUAUAUAACUGUGGCUCCUUCAAAGAAUAGGCAAGAGGGCCAACCAUGACACUUCAUUAUUUCUAUAACUACGCUAAAUUGUUUGUCCUCGUGUGUCCGUUCAUGUUUUUCAGCAUAAAGUACUCUGCAGCCACUUAGAGUGGACUCCAGGUUAUAUCCGCUGUGUUGGUGAACCCCUCCCGCAUAUCAACUGGCUACAUAGAGGGCACAGCAUGAUCAGAGGUAAAGCCUUUGGCUGUGUAGGGGGCUACAUUGACAGUAGCACCACCCUGGUGGAUACGGUACGCUCCUUCGCUGUAGGCUUCUUCUUCACCACCUCACUGCCUCCAAUGGUCCUGGCUGGGGCCCUGGUGUCUGUGAGGGUCCUGAGGAGCUCCGAGGGCCAGUUGCUAUGCAGGGGAACGUCAAACCAGAGGAACGAGGCAGCUGCUCCUGGAGAAAGGACUGCCUGUGAUCAAAGAGCUUCCGGUGACGUUUCACGUUCCGGGGCCUCCGGCGACGUUUCACAGUCCGGGGCCUCUGGCGACGAUCCACGGUCCGGGGCCCCCGGCGACGAUCUAUGGUCCGGUCCCUCCAACGAUGAUCCACGGUCCGGUCCCUCCGGCGACGAUCCACGGUCCGGUCCCUCCCGGGACGAUCCACGGUCCGGUUCCUACGGUGACGAUUCACGGUCCAGAGCUUCUAGCGACGAUCCUCGCACCAGAGCUGCCACCAAAGCUGCCGUAUCUGUGAGCGGAGUGGGUACUUCGCCCCGCACAGGAGUCGCCCCCGACGUUAAAUACCUACCCGGACCCUCUCCUAAUGAGUCAGGUUUUGUGGCCAGAGUCCCCAUCUUUGGGGAGGGGUACUGUCACUCCCUGACCAUAGAGAUCCUUUUAUUAUCUAUGGUGGUUAGGUCGGGUUGUGACUAGGGUGGGUUAUCUAGGUUAUUAUUUGUCUAUGUUGGCCUGGUAUGGUUCCCAAUUAGCGGCAGCUGUUUAUCGUUGUCUCUGAUUGGGGUUAGGCAGCCUUUUCCACUGGGUUUUUGUGGGAUAUUGUUUGUUUGUGUGUAGUUGCCAGUGUGCACUGCAUUUGACUUCACAUUUCGUUUUUGUUCUGUAUUGUUUUGAGUUUCUUUAAUUAAACAUGUGGAACUCUACGCACGCUGUGCCUUGGUCCGUUAAUUCUACAAAUGACCUUGACACCCAUGCUUAAGUUCAAUGUCAGAGCACUCAUAGAGAGAAAAGUUUGCAUGUCUCAGGUCUGAAUUUGCCCCUUAGAAAGUAAAACCUGCACAUGGGCACUUUCUAAAAUAACUAUUUAACCUCACGGUGAUAUUUUGGUUGUAUAGAUUUCUGUAUCAAUUCUCAGAUGCUGUGCUCUGGUAUUCCACAAUUGUAAAUUGAUUUGUGUCAAUGACAUUGAAGCUGAAUGAACUAAACUGAACUAAACUGAAGCUGAAUGAACUAAACACAAUCAGUCUUUAACUUGAAUGUAACAAAUUGAAUGUAAAAAAAAGUAAUUGCUGUCGAAGACAUUUGGUUUAUUACACAUGAAUUCAAAAAUACACAAAAA